ACCAGCACCAGCGGUCAGCGGCACUUCAGUCCAACUCCAACUUGUAUCAUCAACCAACCAUCUUUGCUUCUCCGCCGACCUGCUGACGACACAACCCGAGCUGCAUCGACGGCCGUUUGCGCCAGCUCCGUCAGGCCCUCUUGUCUGCACUCAUACUCUGCCCGCUUCUGCCACCUACAGCACAAUAACCAAAGCUCCAAACUCCCACCGCCUUCGAUUUACUAUUUGCGACGAGGGUCAAUACUUGGGCCAGCGACCGCCCUUCGCAUACACUACCUUUGUUAGUACAAUCCCGGUGGAUGGAGGAGGUUCAGCCCGUACGACCAAGUUACACUCCUACGGGCGGCUACGCCUCGCAUCCUCUUCUGUGCGACGAUCUCGCCUUAUCUGCUGGCUAUUGACACUUCCACCCUCUUCCAGUUGCCGCCCUGGUCGAUAAACGUCCAGGUAGUUGGACCACGAAUCUCUACUGCUCGCCUACCUUCACUCGAUCCCACUAAACCCCAUAAUUUCCACCCCUCGAACCGGCGCUUCCACUCUCGCUGUGGCCUAUCUCACGUCGACAGUAACGAGCGCAGCACCAGGAGACUUUCACAGAUUGGUUUGUCUCCUGGCGCGUGCGUCGCUGAACCCUUGAAACCUUUGCCAACGAAGCAUGUCGUCACAACGGCCAGACCCGAGCCAACGUACUCAGAGGCACGACGACGACGAAGACGACGACGGCUACCCGCCCCUGCCACCACACCGUAGGCUUCCCCCACUACCGCCGAUUUCUAGAGACACGAGUCGCCUCACCUUCUCCUCAAACACCACACGACGACAUCCCUGGGAGCCUGAGCCUUACACUACGCAGGACCAGGCCGAAACCUACUACCAGCUCACGCGGCACAUGGCUGAUCGAAAUUUCCAGGCCGAGUACGACGAGCUCGUGGGCAACAGUUUGAGUGGCUUCACAACAUUCAUGUCUCAGGCGCAAGACGACUUUGGCUUCUCCCGAAACAACAAUCUUGGCUGGAGCCAAAACUCAAAUUUGCUAAAUAUCUUGCAAAACGACCAGAACGACCAGCGAGACGACGACGACAACACCCGGCGCCAACCCCUCCAGUUGCCCCCAGUCUUUGGGUACAGAACCACCAGGACAAUUAGCGGGCGUCAACGAACUGACGGCACGGAAGACGAUUUGGAAGCAGUCAGAGCUCUGUGGAAUAGGAGAGCACAGUACAGCUCCUCACCCUUUUCGCCGCCUAGGAUGCCUCCCAAUCAAUCCCCGCCAAAUCUUUCGCCUCUACCUCCAUCGGAGGAAUGCCCGGAGGAGAGUCGGAGGGUGAAGAGGAGAAAGCUGGACUCUGAACGUAUUGCCCAGAGCUUCAAGGGGUUUCGAUAUGGACGGUAUGGCCAGGUCGAGUCAGGUCAACUAAAGAUGGAAAUCAUGAGCUGUGAUGGGGGACUGUAUGAGAACGCCACCCUUCACGCCCACGAAAACAUCCUCAAGGACGAUAAGACUGUAUACUGCACACAGUCUAACCGCUGCAACAUUAUUCUGCGGCACCAAGGCGGUACUGCUUUCAGCUUGAAGGAGCUCGUCAUCAAGGCGCCGGCAUCGAAUUACUCUUCACCUGUACGGGAGGGUAUGAUCUUUGUCUCCAUGAAUCAGGAUGAGCUUCUUAGGCGAACGGCGGAAUACGAAAUACAAUAUGCUCCGCACAGAUCAGGUCGCACAACGGCCUCCAGAGCACUAGCCCCGAUAAUCUCAAUACGGCAUCACGAAGACGGGACGACUGUGACUAGAACGCACAGUCGGCAGAGACGGCUAUACAGUCUGGGACAUGAUGACGAUGAAAAUGAGAGUCGGACAGCACAGAUCCCGCCGGAGUUCAUCACACACUUGCCACCCUUCAACAUCACCACCGAAUGCAGUUACGAAGAGACCGACGAUGAUGAUACCCCUAGGAUCACUGCGAAUCGAACAGCUCCCAAUAGAAUUGGGUCUUUGCCGUUUGAGAGUGACAGCAGCGACGACGGCAAUCCAUUUGCAUCCGACUUUGAAGAUUAUUCCUUCACGAACAGGCGCCGUGACCCUAAUGAUAUGUCACUGGCAGAGGCUGUUGAGGCGAAUCAGAUGGCAACGCAGGAGGCUGUUCGGGCUGUCAGUGGUGGACGUGGACUCAUGGCGCCGCAUGCCAAGUUCUUUAUCGAGAAGGACAAGAGCAAAUGCACCAUACGCUUUGAUCCGCCGGUUGCUGGAAGAUUCAUACUCUUAAAGAUGUGGAGUAGCAGUCGUGCGGCUGGCAGUAAUAUCGAUAUACAAGCGGUCCUUGCCAAAGGAUUCGCUGGACCGCGGUAUUUCCCUUCAGUGGAAUUGAGAUGAAGGGGUGAGGUGGACCAGGGAAUGGAAGGAAGGGGGUUUAUGAGUUCUUAAUGACGGGAGGAUAGUUCUAUUCUCAGGAUGACUUUCUCGACGAACACGUCGACGGCGUUCAGGUUCUGUGGCCAGCAAUAGCUAGGCUGGGCAGGUGUGACUCGGAAGUCACCUAUAUUAUACCAAGUGCGAAUAUACCAG